AUGGAAAAAUUGAAGUGUUGCAAGCAGUGUCCAGAAAACUUCUUAGGACCAAUGGAGGAUAUGUGGACACCCUAUAAGCAUUUAAAUGCUGUAGUACAGAGGAAUCUGUGCAGCCCCACAGAACAAUCAGUUAUUGAAUUGGAGGUUCAUUUCAAGAAGUAUAAACAAAGCUUUGCUUCGCUUCUAAUAUACCCGCAAAAGAAUGAAAAACAUCGCCAAUUAUUGAAAAAUGGCCUAAUAGACGGCGUAUCAAUAUCGAAAUAUACGCGGAAUAUUACGAUUUCAAAGGAGUUAGUAGACGAGGCUUUAAUAAUAUCUGACAUGUUUAAUGUCGAUGAAAUUAUGGCAUUAGAAUUACUUUGCACUGCUCAGCGGGAGUUGUUUAAACACCCUGGGUUGUCAAGAGGACUAGUUGCUGUUUUACUUUAUUAUGAUGGCAAAAGAGCGCUUGUUCAAACUCUUCGAGAUCUCUUUCGGGCAACCAAUGGUAUUUCUUGGGUGACUGAAGUUCCAAAAGAGGUAUCCAAUUUAGUUACAUCCUUCACCCAAAACUUAGUCAAUCAAUAUAAUAUUCUCGAAAGAAUAGUUAGUUUACUGGAAGAGCUGGAUAUAUCGAAUGAGAUCGUCAUAUUAACAAAAAAUCGGGCAUUGGGGUCAAAAAAACAUCAGAACCAAGUGCAACAACUGUACAGUGAUAUACGGAUGUCAUUAGCAAGCUCUUUAUUUUACUGGUCAGCCCAACGAGGGCUUCCUAAAGAAAUAGUUUCUAAGCUGAUUAAAAAUAUAUCAAAUUAUGCACAAGUCCAAUCAUCUGGAAUAGUAGAUGACACAACGUUGAAGGUUCUCUUCGCAUUAUUGUAUGCGUGCGAUACUAGUGUGCUAAUGAAAUAUGAAGCGCCCACCAAUAUUUGGCAAAAUGUUCCUAUACUUUCACAAGAAGAUUUUCUACAAACUGUGUAUGACACUUUAAGCUCAUCUCCACAAGAUGGUCUGACCGGAACAAUAAAACUUGCAUUCGGUUUAGCCUUAACUGGAUUUCGACAUGCUUCUGUGCAAGUGCCGAAUUCGACGUCGAAAAUAAUAGCAUAUGAUGAGCAACUCAUUGAUGCGUCUAUUAAUAGCAAAGUAUUUGAAUUUCUACACUAUUAUGUUUUGGAAAACAAGGCUUUAUAUAGGCAUGAGUUUUUUUAUCGUCGUAUUCAUAUGUUAAUAACUGACUUCAUUGAAUUUAUGCAUUCUAAAGUAACAGAAUUACGAGGAAAGGCUGAUGAAACCGCGCGCACAGUUAUGGGAUUUAUCAAAGAAGGAUUAGAGCCUCCAUAUAACUUGGACCAUAGUUUUGAAAUGCUGAUGUUAUGUAUAGCCAAAUUUUAUAAAGACAACAGAGCUGGACUUUCUCUAUGUGUCGAGUUUUGGGAACCACUUGAUUCAACGUUCAGUUCAUUGAAAACUACCACGCGUUCAGUGGCGCUUUUUAAAUUUAUUCGCUUGGCUGGAGAAUUAUUGCCAUCUACUUUGUUUGUAUCGUAUUUAAAAAUGAUAGCUGGUUUGACUAGCUGCGAAAAAUCUGCUCGCAACACGUUUAAUCUCCUGAAACAAGCUUCUGGAUUGACCGGGAGCACAACUUUGUCUUGGGAGCACUUUUUUGGGUCUCUCAUUCAGUACUAUUCAAACUUAAGGCAAGAACAUUGCAUUGGUAGUGAAAUAUCCUACAAAAGUCAUAUGAAUCGCUGUAUUAACCCCCAGGAAAUUGAAGCUCUUCAAGCGGUACUCGAGGUGGUGAGAGCAGUGGCCAACUACGAUGAACUCUCUAGAAUAGCAAUAUGUGAAAAUCCGAAUUGGGCGCCGUUACAAAUACUUUUAGGUUUGUUAAGCUGCCCGGUCCCGCUCGUUUUAAAAGGGAAUAUAUUGCAAACCUUGUCAGCAUUAGGCAAGUCUAAAGAAACAGCAACAAUUCUUUGGAAUAUCCUCGAGACGUCUCAAAUUAUACCAACCUUGCCUCCAUUAGGCACACACAAUACGUGCAACCUUUUAACGGAAAUAUCACAGAACGAGUCCCGCCUGGAAAGCUAUCCACUAUCUCAAGGAAUAUUGGAUUUGAUAUUUUCUUUACUCAAAGCCUACAUACCUAAAAAUUUGGGGUCAGACCAUCGAAGACCAGGGUUACAACCUUACAUAACAUUCGUUACCGACGACAUUUUUUUUAAGUUCUACGAUCGACAAUAUAAAAACCUGACAGAGAAAUGGGAAAUCUGUUUGAAAUGCUUAAAAAUUAUGUAUUAUUUACUUGAAGUCUAUGAGCCAACGCCCAAAGAUUUUGAAGGUUUGGAUAAUCACAGCACUCCAAUGGGUUAUUAUAUAAUGCUGCAAUUACAAAAAAAAACCCAUUUUUUGAACCUUCUUCUGGUAAUAAUUGAUGAUGCUCGACAGAAGCUUGAUGAAUAUGAGCAGUUCGUUGAAAAAGAUGUGCUAGAAGAAUGCGCCCUACUAUGUCUACUGAUCAUCGAGGAGGGUUUAAUCAAACAAAAGGAGUUUUUGGAUUGUCAUGUUAUUGCAAAUACUCCAGAUAUAAUUUUUGGCUUGAAUAAAAUCAUUUUAGAUGUUAAUCCACGUAGCCAAAGACCGGAUCAUUUGUUAAAUAUAACUAAAUUUGUAGUUUAUUGUAAUUGGCUACCUAAUCACUCGCUUGCUGCCAUAAAUAUCCUUAAUAUGGCUUCAAGAAUGCCAAAUAUAUCAACUCAAAUAUUGGAUGUAUUUAUUGCAAACGGGCGUACGUAUGAUGAAAUUCGUCAAGGAUUCGUCGAUUGUUUGGAUAUGGAUAUAAGUUCUUCUUCUCCCAAUUUUUACUCAAAAUUUAACGAACUGGAGAAAUCACAAAAGACUUAUUUAAAAAUUAAAUCCUCUGUGGUAGAAUUUCUUCGAAAUUGUAUAUCACAACCCUACCCUAAUAUCGGAUUUUACCUUCUUGGCUUUGAAUAUACGACUGAAGCAAUCGAAAGGCGUAAACUCAAUAUUACCGAUUCCACUAAUCACUGUUUAAAAGCAAUAAUUGCUUUGUUAGACCAUCAUUUAGAGCUGAUGCAAACUUCUAACAUCUACGAUGCAGAUCUGGAGCAAAUCAUCAAGAGCUCAUAUUUACUUUUAUUUUUGUUAUGUUCAAAUACACGUACAUCAGAAGGAAUUUUGAGAUAUUUAAGAUCCUCAAAUGAUUUUAUUUGUCGUCAUUUACGUCAACUCCCAUUUAAAAAUGUUAAAUAUUCGAAUAUUUUAUACCAGACAAGUUAUUUAUUAGAAUGCACUGCCAUAGAGCUUAAGCUAGCAAGUACUCAUUGUCAAAUAAGUAGAGUUCAACAAGUUAGCGAAAUUUUACUGGGCACUGCAACUAACAAGAAUGAAGAUCACAUUUCAAUGAAUUCAUCACUAUUUUUUUCUCACUCGUCACCAGUUUUAAAUGAACAUUUCAUCAAACCGAAAUCGGAUAAAGUACCAAAUUUCUUACUUAGUAAUAUUCUAGAUUGGUUAGAGUUUGAUUCGAAAGAUAUAAAUAGCCCUAAAUGGGACUUUUUCGAUAUAUCUUUAUCCAAACAAAUAUUUGAUGAAUGUGAAUCAAAAACUGAGGAAGGUCACUCAUUAAUUAAUUUGCAAAAGCUGCAUAAAAUACUUCACGACGAGCUAUGCAAUGUACAAGGAACAAUAGCUGGCGGACAACGAAAAUUAAUUCUGCAGGAAAUUGAAUCAAUAUUACUAUAUGCUCUCAAAAUAAAUGAAAUGAGGAAUAAAAACAAAGGAACAAUAAAAGUAAUGGAUUCAUGGGCACAGGUUUCUGAAAUUUUGUUUAUUUAUGCAUCUGAAAAUACUUUGCCAUGUUCCAUAAAGCAAGAACUUUUAUUUGAAAUGUUGCAAAAACUUCUUAACAAAGCUGUAUCCAUUCAACCUCCGUUAGAGAUAUCAGUUUUAACUUCCGAAGCUAUUUUUAUGCUUAUCGUAUGUCUGAGGCAAUGCUUUUCACGGAUUUCGGAGAGUACUGGUGUGGAAAAAUCGAAUAAGUCGUACUAUGACAAUUUGAAAUCAAUAAAUGUUAUUAGCGCUGAUUCGAACAUUUUAAAUCUGAAAUCAAUACUGAAACGACUUUUAGAGUGGAUAGUUAUUAGUGACGUUAAGUCCCAGAAGCUUCGAAUAAACUUGUAUGCUGCAGUAUUGAGUUGCCUGAGAAUGUUAAAUGGGCAUCUUUUGGAGAACACAACAAUGAGUAAUAACGAAUCAUUUGUUUCUCGCUUAGAUAAAAAAUUUACACCUACAAAUAAUUCUGCCGGAUCGCAAGUUCCCAUCGAACUAUUUUCUUCUUUUGGAGAUAAUUUAAUUGAUAUAAUGUGUCGUGAUUGUGUCAUUGGGCAUGAUAUAUGUAAAAUGCUUGCGAUGUCAUGUUUCGUUUCGGCUCUAGAGUUUAAUUCGAUUCCAAGUAUAUUGCAUUUAUUUACAAAUAGAGGUUAUUUAGCUAAUGUAAUAGAAAACUUGGAGCAAUCGGACCAAGAUUUGUGUCUUAUUGUAACUGACUCAAUUAAAAAUAUUAAAGCAUUAUAUGUCUAUGAAUCGCACAUGGCCCUAUUGCUUCGCUUCGCUAAUUGUAGUAUGGGAGCGGAAAUGUUGCUUUCGGCUAAGCUUUUAAGUGUUUUGUCAAAAAUGCGAGUGUUUGAUUUACAUCCAAAUUUCCAAGGAUGUUUACAAAGCCAAAAAGUUGAACACGAAUUUUUACCUGCAGUAGACAACCGCUACCGCCAGAUAUUCUUCCCUGCUCUACAGCUGUGCAAUGCGCUGAUAACAACUCUUGGCACUGACAACUUCUCAGCAAUUUCCCAGAUAACUAGUUUUUUGUUCUCCCACUUUGAAAUCAUCGAAUUCAUAUUAAGAACCGGAUUAUCUCACUCUGAUAUGGGGAUUAUGAAAGAGCUUUCUGCAGUUACGGGAAUAAUUGCUCGGACUUUUCAAAGGGAUAAGUGCCUAGAGGACGAUAUGAAAUCAAACCAAAAUAAGAUUUACACUCACAAAAUUAAUAAGUAUAUUCUACAAAUAUUCUGUUAUUUUGUACUGAAUAAUGACAUAUUGAAGAGAAACAAAAAACCAGAUGCCCAGAUUCAUGAGUUUUCCGGCCAUAAUUGCAUUCAAUAUUUCGUCGACAUCGCAGCCAAUGUUACAACUUUUUUCCGGUAUAAAUUUGCAUAUGCAAUAGAUUUACGCGAAAUUCUCUUCGCUCCAAAAAAGAAUACACCACAAAAAAACAUUGAGAAAUUGGAGAGAAUUGUGAAUGAAUCCCUGGACUUCAUCACUGUAUUAAAUCACUUACAAGGCUCGGUGGAAUAUCUUGAGAACCAAAAACGAAUUACCGAUAAUAUUGUUUCGCACAGAUCUUACAUGGCCGACGCUAGUAUUGAUAAUUCCGCUCGUCUUUCUGAUGUCGAAUGGAAUAAACAAUAUGAAAAUAGACAGAGGGAGCUUUCGCUAUAUGUAUUUAUCAUUGAACAGACCUUAUACUUAUUAUGGUUACACUUGGAUUUUUACGUGAGAUCAACAUCGAAUCCAGCUGGCAGGGGUUACAUCUCUGCUGUUAGUGAAGAAUGCUUUCCGAAUGCCAUAUCGACAGAAGAGAUUGCGGUAAUGAAACAGAAUAUGAUAUCAGUGUUUAAUGAAACAUUUUGCAACUAUCUUUCAUCGGCAUCAGAAUCGGAUACAGAAAACUACUUCAACCAGACAUUAGUGCGCCGGAUAAAAUCAUUAAUCCAGUUUCUGCCAGGUGUUUGAAUAUGUUUUGUAAUGAAAGAUUUUAAAAUGACUAAAAAAAAAAACAAAUAAAUUAUUGAAAUUAUUAAACUUA